GGAGAGGGCGGUCGCGCCGACAUGUUCCGCAUCGAGGGGCUGGGGCCCAAGGUGGACCCGGAGGAGCUGAAGCGCAAGAUGCGCCGGGACGUGCUCACCUCCGUGCGCAACUUCCUCAUCUACGUGGCGCUGCUGCGCAUCACCCCGUUCAUCCUGAAGAAGCUGGACAGCAUAUGAGCACGCACGCGCCGCGGACUGGAGUCGGUGUAUGAAAACGUGGAGUGUGGCUGUUUUUCCCCGUUCAUCACUUCAUCGCGGUGCCGASGGCAUCCCGUGCUAAAUGGACCCAAAUGUUUUCAUCUGACCGUAUCUGACUUGAGAACGAUAGCCUAGCUGGGAGAAGGGGGGAGAUGCCAGUCUGGCUUGCAGGGGGCCUCUGGUCACCUGCAGGCAGUGGCUUAACCGACCUUGUAGUGACCUGCAAGCACCCAGUCACAGCAAGCGGUGACUUAUGAUGGUGCAUUUCUUGUGCUGUCCAGAAAAAGCCCAUCUCUAUUUUGUACGAAGUGUAAGCAAGUUACUUUGUUAUGCAGCUACCUCCAAACUGCCACGUGCUGUUGCUCUCAAUCUCUCUGAACCUGUCUGACCGAGGGGAAAAAAAAGGGGUUGUUAAAACUAAUCCAGUUCACAAGCGUUUUCAUCUGAAAUAAAUGGAACAACACUUCUGUCAUUCAAAGCACAUUUCCAGUAGUGAUUUAUUUUCGGUAUUCAUCAGUUGAAAUAGAGGUCCUUUGAGAUCUUAUUUCCCUUGUUCCUUUCUUAAGCUCUGUCUUUUCUCCUUCCUGUUUUUAUACACAGGUUGAAUUUAAAAGUUAAGGGCAGUGAGAAGGACUGGAGCGUGUGAUAACUCACUGCUGUGAGACAUCUAGUCAAGUAAAGAGAAAAGGGGAAGAAUGGCCUGGCAGGCCUGUGCCUAUUUCCUGUUCAGUGGAAAACCUUCAGGUGCUGAACUCAUGCAAAGUAAAGCACAAAUGAGAUGUUAUUACUAGAGUAAACUGUGAACUAUGACUGAAUUUGAGUCACAGCAGACUUCAUAGUAGCUKCUGGCCAC